UUGUCAUUUUCUCAGUGGAAAAAGGAAGACUUUUUGAUCUUGUGUUUUAAUUUUAUUUUCUGGCCAAAUUAUCGGAGUUUUCACGGGAAAAGUGUCACCAGGUGCUGAAAAACACCACUGAGAGCUACAGAAGUUGUUUUAGCUAUGAGAUUGGCUGAAUUUUACUAGGGAAAUCGCGUUUUUACUUGAGUGAUUUUUGUUUUCUCCCAAGAAUGUCGUCGUCUUCCACGAGGUAAAUACAAGAGGAAAAUCAGGGUUUUCAGGACAGAAGGAUGCAGGAGAGUGAGCUGAAGAAGCUGUCAGAGGAGAGCCUGGCUCGCCCGCCUGAGGAGGUCUUCGACAUUAUCUGCAAGCUGGGCGAGGGAAGCUAUGGGAGUGUGUACAAGGCGCUGUACAAGGAAAGCGGAGUGGUUGUGGCGAUAAAACUGGUGCCGGUGGAGUCGGACCUGCAUGAGAUCAUCAAGGAGAUCUCCAUUAUGCAGCAGUGCGACUCACCUUACGUGGUCAGGUACUACGGAAGCUACUUCAAGCAGUGUGAUCUGUGGAUCUGCAUGGAGUAUUGUGGAGCGGGCAGUGUUUCGGAUAUCAUGAGGCUAAGAAAGAAGACACUGAGCGAGGAGGAGAUCGCCACAAUUCUCAGUGAUACGCUGAAAGGCCUCGAGUAUCUUCAUCUGCGCCGGAAGAUCCACCGGGACAUCAAGGCGGGCAACAUCCUGCUGAAUUCGGAGGGUCACGCGAAGCUGGCGGAUUUCGGCGUUGCUGGUCAAUUGACGGACACGAUGGCGAAGCGCAACACGGUGAUUGGGACGCCCUUCUGGAUGGCUCCGGAGGUGAUUGAGGAGAUCGGCUACGAUUGCGUGGCUGAUAUUUGGUCGCUGGGCAUCACAGCACUCGAGAUGGCGGAGGGAAAGCCACCGUACGGCGAUAUUCAUCCCAUGAGGGCGAUCUUCAUGAUCCCACAGCGACCGCCACCGUCAUUCCGAGAGCCCGAUCGCUGGUCAACGGAGUUCAUUGAGUUCGUCAGCAUGUGCCUGGUGAAGAAUCCGGAAGAGAGGGCCACGGCGACGGAUCUGCUGCAGCAUGAGUUCAUUAAGAAUGUGAAACCGCGGAGUAUUCUCAGGGCGAUGAUCGCUGAAGCGCACGAGAUCAGGGAAAAUCAGAGCAAUAGGCAAAUGGCCAUCAAUCAGGCGAAGCAAUUACAGAAUCAGCACGAGGAGACUGAUGACGAUGACCAGGCGGCAAAUUCGAAGACAAUUAAGGAGUUUCCUGAUGACUCGAAAACUCUUGUACCUGAGCGGGAUAAUGACACGGACGGGAAUACAAUGAUUGCUCAUACAAAUUGCGGAACUCUGGUUCCGGAUACAGGUACAAUGGUGGAGUUGGAGUCAAAUCUGGGCACGAUGGUCAUCAAUAGUGACUCUGAAGACGCCACAAUGAAAGAGCACGAUUCAGAUCCGGAAAAGCCCAAAUAUCGGCCACUGUUUAUGGAUCAUUUCGACAGGAAGACAAAUGUAGCCGCCGGCGGUGUUCAGGUGAUGCCAGAAGUGACUCCACAUGUGCCUCACGUGGAGAACGGAACUCCUGUGACGCCUUCGGCGCCACCAGCGGAGGCGACAUCGCCUCCAGUGGUGAAUGAAGAGCGCCAAAAGUAUCAGUCGCAUCUGCAACUGCAGCUGAAUCAGAUUUCAGCGGCAAAUGCGGCGGGAAUGCAGCAGAUGCUGCACCAUCAAAUGGGUGCUGCGGACAAUGUGAUCAAUCUGCAGAUGAGAAACCUCGAGAAUCCCAUGAAAUAUCAGAGGAACUUUGUUGAUGGUGACUUUGAAUUUUUGAAAUUCCUGAGCUUCGAUGAUCUACAGCAGAGACUGAAGAACAUUGACCAGGAGAUGGAGAGGGAGAUUGAUGAACUGGGGAGGAAGUAUCACGCUAAGCGACAGCCAAUUCUAGAUGCCAUGGAUGCGAAGAGGAAGCGUCAGCAGAAUCUCAACAACAACCUGAUCAAAAUCUAGGCUCAUUCAACCUUUUAAUCGAUAUGAGGACACUUAUUGCUCUCCUAGUCCUAGGUCAUUUAUGAGAAUUAGGCAUGUUAGAUGAAAUUGUGUAAUGUUCUUAGCGGAAUCUUUGCCAAACCAACUUAAUUCUCUAUUUUUGCAUUAGGACUCAAACUCCUUAAUACGAGAUUUCGCAAUAACCAUAUGAUGAACAGUGCCCGAGGGAGUUUCUGCAGGUGGUUCAAUGACACAGAGAUAAUAUUUUUCGAAGAGAAGACUGUAAAUUGAAUGAAAAUUAUACAUUUUUCAUAUCCCACUUGAACAUGCGCGUAAUGUGGAAAUCUUAAUUUUUAUAGCGAGCAA